UCCUGCUCUCUCUGGCGGUGUGUUCUCGGAGCAUUCCGCGGGGAAUUUUUUCUACGCUUCACUGGUCUGUAGAUCAGCGGCAGCUUCACCGGCAUAAUGAGUUUGCCAUUAAACCCAAAACUAUUCCUUAAUGGCCUUACUGGUAAGCCAGUAAUGGUGAAACUGAAGUGGGGUAUGGAAUACAAGGGAUACCUGGUCUAUGUGGAUGGCUACAUGAACAUGCAGCUCGCCAAUACAGAAGAAUAUAUUGAUGGAGCAUUGUCUGGACAUCUUGGAGAAGUUCUAAUAAGGUGUAAUAAUGUAUUGUAUAUACGUGGAGUAGAAGAGGAGGAAGAAGAUGGCGAGAUGAGAGAGUAAAGCAAAUUCCAAA